AAAAGUGUCAAUUGCUGACCUGUCAAACAAAAGUGCUCGUUCGUUUCGUUCGCGUCCAUCGGCUUUUAUUUGUUUAAUUUUCAAUCUUUCCUAUAAUUACACUAUCGUAAUUUUGCUUGCAUCUUCUGAAAUUAAAUCUCGUUGGUUUGAGUUGCUACCGAGUUACAAAGACAUUCCUUAAUAAUGGAUGGCCCUCCAGGAACAGGGCCUCCUACUAUGCCUCCUCCAGGAAUGGGCCCACCUCCUGGUAUGAUGGGAAUGGGUCCCCCUCCCCCUGGUAUGGGUCCUCCUCCACCUGGAAUGGGCCCCCCUCCACCUGGUAUGGGUCCUCCACCGCCUGGCAUGGGACCUCCUCCACCUGGUAUGGGCCCUCCCGGAAUUAAUAUGGGCCCCCCAAUGGGACCUCCUGGGAUGCCACCAAGAAUGCCUCCAAAUAUGAUGAGGGGAGGCCCAAAGGGGAAUUUCAAUAGUCCAAUGGAUAUGGGCCCACCUGGCAUGGGUCCUCCACCAAAUAUGCCGAUGGGUCAUGGGCCCUGGGAAGGCCAGGGACCACCAGGUUGGUCCAGGCCGGGCGGGAGAGAGGGUCCUCCUGGAUGGGAAGACCAUGGAGAUGAGGGUGAUGAAAAUGAGCCUGCAAGUGAGGACCAGGUGCCCCCGCCAGUUCAUCCGCCAGGCCACCCACCAGCCCUGCCUUCCCUGCUGACCAUGAAGAUAGACACCCCCGAGGAAUUCAGAAAUAAGCCAGCACCGGUUGGUGGAGUGGUGCUGCCCAAGGCUUUAGAAGAGGCUCUUGCAUACAAAGACCAGCGACAGGCUGCUCUCGGUGAUGAAACAGAACAACAACCAAAAGAAGACAAGAAUCCUCCUGAAGCUCCUCCAGCUCCUGUGAUAAGUGCGGAAUAUAAUGCCGAGGAGGAUGAAGGGGAUUCCGAUGAAGAAGCCAUUCCGGAGGCCCCACAGCCUCCCAUCAUAUCUAAACCAGAGGCAUCCAAAGCAACUAAGAAUAAACGCAAGAAGAAAAAGAAAAAAGAAGCAAAGCAAAAACGUAAGGAGGAAGCCAAAAAGAACUUAGAUAAUAAAGAUGACAUCAAAAAGCUGAGUGACAAAGAAAAUGAGAAAGAGGCUGAAAUUGAAUAUGUGCAAGAAAACAUCCAGUUCCAUGAACUGGAGCCCAUGUACCGUCAGUUCCACCGAGUGCUUGAAGCGUUCAAGAUCACGGAGAAGAAAGAGGAUAUCCUAAUGGACGACCUAAAGGAUGCACCAAAGCCGUCCAAACCACAGGAGAAAGUCCAGGACCAGUUUGCUGCAGAUGAAGAAGCAGCUGAGAAAAACGCAGCGGACGAAAAAGAGCGUCUAUCGAAGCGUAAACUCAAGAAGCUCUCUCGUCUAUCAGUAGCAGAACUGAAGCAAUUGGUAUCGCGGCCAGACGUGGUGGAAAUGUAUGACGUCACGGCGCGCGACCCGCGCCUGCUGGUGCAACUCAAGGCGCACCGCAACACCGUGCAGGUGCCGCGCCACUGGUGCUACAAACGGAAGUACUUACAAGGCAAGCGCGGUAUAGAGAAGCCGCCGUUCGACCUACCAGAGUUCAUCAAGAAGACCGGCAUCAUGGAGAUGCGUGCCUCGCUGCAGGACAAGGAGGAGACCAAGACGCUCAAGGCGAAAAUGCGUGAACGAACCCGCCCCAAACUCGGCAAGAUCGAUAUCGAUUAUCAGAAGCUGCACGAUGCGUUCUUCAAAUGGCAGACCAAGCCGCGCAUGACGAUCCACGGCGACCUGUACUACGAGGGCAAGGAGUUCGAGACGCGCCUGCGAGAGAAGAAACCCGGAGACUUGUCUGAGGAGCUACGCACUGCGCUUGGUAUGCCCGUCGGGCCUGGCUCGCACAAGGUCCCGCCUCCGUGGCUGAUCGCCCAGCAGAGGUACGGGCCUCCGCCCUCCUACCCCAACCUGAAGAUACCAGGUCUGAACGCGCCGAUCCCAGAGGGUUGCGCGUUCGGUUACCACGCUGGUGGUUGGGGCAAACCGCCUGUUGACGAGACUGGCAAGCCGCUGUAUGGAGACGUGUUCGGACACCAGAGCAGCGGACACGAUGAUAAUGAAGAUCAAGAUAUAGACAGAACGAUGUGGGGAGAGUUGGAGUCUGAAUCUGAGGAAGAGUCGGAAGAAGAGGAAUCCGGCGACGAAGGCGAAACCGCGGGCGCGGGCGAGGUAGCAGCAGGCGUGGCCACGCCAGGCGAGGGCCUGGUCACCCCGCUCNCCCCGCUCGGCGUCAGCUCGGUGCCGCCCGGCAUGGAGACGCCAGACACCAUCGAGCUCCGCAAGAAGAAGCUCGACUCCGACCAGGAGGGGUGA